AUGGCCCCCAACCAGCGCAUCGUUCCCUCCGGCUCUCGGCCCCAGAAGGGAUUCGUCAGCACCAUCUACGACGAGGCCACCAGCCCCGAGAACAAGACCAUUGUCCGCAGCAUCGUGAUCUUCGGUGCCGGCAUUGCAUUCCUCCACUCCAGCUUCGGAGAGUUCCUUCUUCCUCCGUAA